AUGGCUGGCCAUAACAAGUCCGUGAUCCUUGACCCGGCCCUCCAGAGAUACUAUGAACUCAAUAUCAACCGCUACAAGUACUGGCGCUGGACCCCGCGUCAGGCCUGGAUCUCAUUCGUCUACGCCGGCCUGAUCCCCGGCAUCCUAGGAUACUUCGCCUACAAGACCGAUGGCAAGUUCGAGUUCCGUGGCAAGCGCAGAGGAGAUUCCAUCGCCGAAUGGUAG